UUCGAGAGUUCUUCCACCAAAAUUCUGACUGUCUCGGCUGUCACUCGACUCGACUGUCGUGAACACUCGGGACUGUCUGUUAUACAUGUAAUGUGAGCGCGGGACGACAAACUUGAGCUUCGAUGGAAGGUGGAAUGAAGAAAACUCAAGAUGUGAGCGCGGGACGACAAACCUGAGCUUCGAAUGGAACCUUCGAAGCAGACUCAUUAGAUCGUACAGAUCGACCUCAACUCAACUUUGAUGGACCGUCCAUUUGACGAUGCAGUUGUUUUAGGCUCACAAUCCGAAAAGGACAAACAACCAAAAGCAAAUUUGCACUCAAAAAACCAAAACCAUGGACUCUACCAAACAAGAAAUCCAAUCCGCCGUUCAAGCGUGGCUCCAAGGCCUCGACAAUGGCAACCUCGACGAGAUGGUCAAGUACACCGACGACUCGGUCAUCAUCUGCAACGAGCACACCAAGACGACUGUGGGGGUGCAGGCCCUCAAAGACAAGUACGGCCCUCUCAUCGCCGCCAUGAACUUUGAAUCGACGUGCACGGUUCAGGAACUCCUGGUCUUUGGCGACUUCGCCUUUUGGGUCGGCCGCUUUACCGCGAACGCCAAGUCCAAGGUGACGGGAGAGUCACUCAAGAAAGCGGAGGGCCGUUUGGUCAUGGCGCUCCGCAAGGUGGGGGGCACCUGGAAGGUCUUCCUUGACGUGGACAACAACGACGAGACUGACAAGAAAGCGGAAGCGGCGGCCUGAGGCUUCUGGCAAGUCACAUCCAGCCGAAGACAACUCAACAGAGUCAGAAGGAGUCCCGAUGCAAAACUAAGUGUAGCUAGCCAUUAAAAAGUAUGAAGUGAAGCAAACAUCUGUCUCU